AGACGGCAUGACUGGGUUCGCCGUCCGGGAUCCGACCGGUCAGCUGGUGCAUCCAUACCAGUGGAAGAAGCAGUCCGAGUAUGAGACCACGUCCGAGACUGGCGGAUACUUCACCUCCUGCAUCGACAACCAGUUCUCCCGCUUCGCCGGCAAGCUGGUCAACAUGUAUCUGACCACUUUCAGGUACGAUGAAUGGGAGAAACACUCUGAGGAACUGGAGCAGUAUGACAUCGUCGCUACCAAUUUUACGAACGGUCUGGGCUUAGUGGACCACAAGGUGCAGAUCUCCAAGCAGUACCUGAGCCAUUCCAGGUCCCGCGCGGCCAGCGACUGGGAGCUGCUCAUCUCCAACAACGCCUACGUCAUGCGCUGGUCACUGAUCCAGGUGGUGGUGGUCGUCGCCACCGGUUGCCUGCAGGUGUUCUUUGUGCGCAAGCUGUUCGACACGCACACUAAGCCGCGGGGACGGAUAUGAGCGCGGGGCAGAAAUGGUGGACGGGUUAAGGGGGAUCUGGGUUGGUCGUGACAUCUGACGGGCGUCAAGCAUGUGCUGAUUUCACCUCUGGUGAAUACCACUCCAGGACUUCGGUCGCACGCGAUUUGCGACUUGGGGAAGCAGUCCACAUCGGCGCGAGAUCUGUGGUACGUGGGUGGGUAAUGCAGAUGUAUCGUACCGAUUUUAUUGAGUGACUGGGGGGGGGGGGGG